UUAACACCAGUUUUAACUGAUAACGACUUUCAAAUUUGUACUUCCUGCUUUUAACAUCAGAAGCAGAAACUUGUUAAUUGGAAUAAUUAUUUUAACACCAAUUUAAUUUAGAGAGAGAUAAUCGUUUUCGACGAAGAGAUGGACAAACGCUUUCUUUACUUACUCAUGCCUUUUGUGGUCAUGGCUGCAUUGGUCAAAGGAAAAGAAGAAGUCAUUGAUUAUGAUGAUAUCGGAACUUGCGUUCUUGACUUGCCCUGUUUAAGUGAGGAAAGAGAAGAGGCGAUCAUAUGUGAAGAAAUAUUAAGCAAAGAGGGAAUAAAAUAUUUGCUGACAUUUUUCUCUAAAGCAUAUUCGAAACAUUUUGAAACAUUGGAAGACGUUUAUGAAUACGUUUGUUCACAGAGCAAGCCUGACGAAAUAAAGGUACAAUUCAGUAGAUUGAAAAAGGAGGAGUAUUAAUAUUCCAUGUACAGAGCUUAAGAAUAAUGUGAAAAUCAAAUAAAAGUAUCACGUGAUAA